GGCCGCGGCUGAGGGUGCGGGCAGAGAGGAUUAGUGCUGACCGCUCUCUGGAGGAAUGAGCCUGCUGCUUCUUCACCAGAGGUAGUCUGGCUCCUCUGGCCCGCGGCGCUGUCGGGAACAACCUAUCGAAGAGAAGAGAGAGGGUAGGCGGACCUGGGCACCAGGGAUAGUGGUGCUGGAGUCACCAGGGAGGCACGCGCCCUGAUGCAGCUAAAGUCUGCAGUGAAUAUUGAAUCCUGAGGAAUUUGGGGAAAGACAUUCCAUGGAUCCCUUGGGUGCACCUUCCCAGUUUGUGGAUGUGGACACACUGCCAAGCUGGGGCGACUCAUGGGAAGAUGAAUUAAAUACUUCUGAUAUUGCAGCUGAAACGUUUCAGGAAGACACUAUUAGAUCACCUUUUCUUUACAAUAAGGAUAUCAAUGGGAAAGUGAUUCUUUGGAAAGGAGAUGUGGCAUUACUGAACUGUACAGCCAUUGUGAAUACCAGCAAUGAAAAUCUUACAGAUAAGAAUCCUGUGUCAGAUAGUAUCUUCAUGCUCGCAGGACCUGAUUUGAAGGAGGACCUCCAGAAACUUAAGGGUUGCCGGACAGGUGAAGCAAAACUGACAAAAGGAUUUAAUCUAGCUGCCCGGUUCAUCAUUCAUACAGUGGGACCUAAAUACAAGAGCCGCUAUCGCACAGCCGCGGAGAGUUCCCUGUACAGCUGCUACAGAAACGUGCUUCAGUUGGCCAAAGAGCAAUCAAUGUCUUCUGUGGGAUUCUGUGUCAUCAAUUCUGCAAAACGAGGUUACCCUUUAGAGGAUGCAACACACAUAGCGCUUCGCACUGUAAGGAGAUUCCUAGAAAUUCAUGGAGAGACCAUUGAAAAAGUAGUAUUUGCUGUCUCUGAACUAGAAGAGGCUACUUACCAAAAGCUGCUACCUCUGUACUUCCCAAGGUCACUAAAGGAGGAAUACCGAUCAUUGCCAUACCUACCUGCAGAUAUUGGAAAUGCAGAAGGGGAGCCUGUGGUACCUGAACGACAGAUUAGAAUAUGUGAAAAACCUGGUGCCCCGGAAGACAACCAAGAAGAGGAAGCUGAAGGCUUGGGAGUUGACCUCUCUUUCAUCGGCUCUCAUGCUUUUGCUCGAAUGGAAGGAGAUAUUGACAAGCAAAGACGACUGAUCCUUCAGGGACAGUUAUCAGAGGCAGCCCUGCAGAAGCAGCAUCAAAGAAAUUACAAUCGCUGGUUAUGUCAAGCAAGAUCUGAGGAUCUAUCUGAUAUUGCUUCUCUAAAAGCCUUAUACCAAACAGGUGUUGAUAACUGUGGUCGCACAGUGAUGGUGGUAGUUGGAAGAAACAUUCCUGUCACAUUAAUAGAUAUGGACAAGGCUCUCUUAUAUUUUAUCCAUGUAAUGGAUCACAUUGCUGUGAAAGAAUAUGUAUUAGUGUAUUUUCACACACUGACCAGCGAAUACAAUCAUCUGGACUCUGACUUUCUGAAGAAGCUCUACGAUGUUGUUGAUGUCAAAUACAAGAGGAAUUUGAAGGCUGUUUAUUUUGUUCAUCCAACAUUUCGUUCAAAGGUAUCAACAUGGUUUUUUACCACCUUUUCUGUCUCAGGACUGAAGGACAAAAUCCACCAUGUGGACAGCCUCCACCAGCUAUUCUCUGCCAUAUCACCAGAACAGAUUGACUUUCCUCCUUUUGUCCUUGAAUAUGAUGCCAGGGAAAAUGGGCCUUACUAUACGUCUUAUCCCCCAUCACCAGAUUUGUGACCUGCCAUCUUUUAGUGCUACUGGUUUCCAAGGACAUCACUUUCUCCACGAAUCGCUACCUAUUGAAGUGAAAUUCAUUUUUGCUGUUCAGAUCCAGAGAGCCUUUUGUCCCCACCUCUCUGGUAUUUUUUUAUUGACUGUAUAUUUUCUGGCACAUAAGCAAUCUGACAAUGGUAGGCCAUUCUGAACUGCACACUUAUUUUAAAUUUGUAUAUUUGUAUCAAAAGAAAAUGUUCAUUUUUAGAGGGUUGUUAAUAGAAAUUGGGGAGCAACUUUUGAGUAUCUUCAGUUUCCUGAAAGGACACUGGAUUUCCCAUUAGACAAACCACCAGUAUUGUUUACGCCGUUUCUUUAACAUUGCACGCUUCCUUUGUGUACUUAAGUGUUUCUCAAAAUAUAUAGAACCAGUGUAUGCUGACCGUAUGCAUUCUUUCCUUCAGAUCCUGGCAUUACAUUUCAUACAGAUAAUUUGGUUAUGGUAGAAGAGAACUGUCUGGAUUCAAGGAUGUGGAAAUGCAUCUGAUCAAAACAUUGAAAUCAUUAGCAAAAUAUGGGUCUUAGAAUCUUACUGCACCAGUGAAGAUUAAGAUUUUGGAUUAUAUGUUUUGUUAAAAUUGGCACUGUUCCAGUCUCAACAGUGGGGGGAAAUAAGAAAACUGUAUCUUCUGCCUUUUUCCUGUGUUCGUGGGUGAUUUGGUGUCCUUUUUAAAGGACUGCACUCAUUAGUACUCUUACGUGAAAGGCAUCUCCUGAACUCCAUCACUGAGCCUUUAGAGAGGGCGCUACCUCCCCAGACUUGUGAUUUUAUUGGGCUUUACAGCUGCUGCCUCUAAGGACAUUUCCUCACAGUGUCUCUAGAGUUGCCUACCUUAAAAUGGAGGAAGUGUGUUACAGUGAACAAAAUUGCAGACUGCUGUUGCCACUCAGGCUCUAUUUGUGCCUUAGCUCGCUUAUGAAUAAAAAUUAGAAUUCUGAUACGGGCCUUACAGAAGUAUCAUAAGGCCAGCAUGUAGAAAGGGCUUGUGAUGUCUUCAGAUGCAAAAAUGCCAGGGGAGUUUGUGUAGGUGUCACUUCAGUUAGUUUUUAAGUGGUACUAAAUGUACUUGAGCGUACUACCAGGCACUCCUUUUGGCCUUGGCACAUUUUGAGUGACUUUUCUUGUCUUGGGACAAGAGCUGUUACUAAAAAAUCCCAACUCUGAGGACCUCCUUCCUACUUUGUCCAGAAUUUCUUCUUGCCUCCUCCUCCCCCAGUGCUACACUUUAACAAGAGGCAUCUGUUAGCCAUUUUAAACAUUUCUUCUUGAAUUGAGGUCAAACCAGUAUCAUUUCCAUCUGGGUGUCUUCAUAUUCUUUUUGAUUCCUACACCCACCCACCCCCAUCUCCCUCACUCCAUCAUGUACAUUGGCAGUUCAGAGAAGAAAAAGUAGAACUGUUCUGUUCUAAUGUGUUCAGGAUCAGUGCUUCCAAAGGUCCCAUUCCUCUGUGCCCAAAUUAAUUCUUAAGUGGAUAAAAGAAACACUUCUUUUAUGACAGAGAAAUCCCCCUAUCGUUGUAUUAGCCCUGUUCUUUGUUUCCCCUACAAACAAAAGGGGCUUUACAUUCCUUCAAUAGGCACUCAUAUCUUUUGCAUGAAACAGACACAUUUGCUUUGUGUCAGAAAUCAAAGCCACUUGCUCCUUAUAUGUGCUUAUUGGGUGAAGGUUUCCUGUUACGUUCCCUAGGUCAUCAGAUCCAGACAGCCAGUCAGAUGUCUACUAGUAAGCUUCCUCUCAGACAACACUACUUUCAUUCCCUUAAGCCUUGAGCUUUAAAAAUCUGAAAAAUUACCUUCAUCUUCUCCAGUCUAUUGUUUGAUCAUAUUUCAGGUAUCUUUGCACUAGGAGCAAUUAUAAAAAUAUGCCAACCUUUCUUUUUUGAAAGUGGCCUUGGCUAUCUCAAAUUGGCAUUUGGCCUGAAUCAUUUCCUGUAUAGAUAAUAGAGGCUGCAAGCUACUUUGCCAUUUGAAAGGAAGAAAAUUGAUGUGUAGAAUUUCUUAUAGGCAAUAAUUUUGAAAGAAUGUCCUUUGAAUGCUAUAUUCAUAUGAGUAUAUUAAUGUCUAGUAACACAAGCAGGAUUCUAUAUAUAGUGAGAUUCUCAUUCAAUUGAUGUCUUAGAGUAUAAAGUUAGUGCGGAACUAUAUAUGUAUUUACUGCAUUUUAUAAUUUAAUGGUGACUCUAGAUAAGGGUUGCACUUCUCAGUGAAACUAAAUUUGGUAUGGGACCAAAUUCAUGCUUUCAUAGCUAUCUAAAGUGUUAUGUAAGGAAGUUGUUUCAAUGUAUUAAAUCCUACCAAAGGAAGAUAGUGACCUUGAUAAUGAAAUGAUUAUGUAACGUUCCGUAUAUAUCUGCCUUUGUCAAAAGGUUGGGUUGCCUGGAGAACACAUGCCAUUUUCAGAGACACAUUAGAGGAUAAAAGGAUGACUGGGUGGAGAUGAGUACUAGCAUCUGAUGUUAAUUCAAAGCACCACCAACUCCUUAAUUUAAUUAAAAUUUGGUCAUGCCAAAUGCUAGUUGAACUGAGUAAGAAACAACAUACAAAAUAUUAAGUAAAUUCAUUAAUUCAUGCAAGGCAUAAUAGGAUUUUCUUAAACAAGUACCUUUCUUCAGCAUAUAUUUGGAUUCUUCUUAACUUACCUAUAUCCAAGUUUCUUGACAGUAAAAAAAAACUCGAAAAAAAAGUCUUUAUUAGACUCUCUUAAGGCUUAGAGACCAAGUGGUUUAAGAUUUUCUUUUCUUUAAUACACAUCUUAUUUCGUUGGCCAGUACCCUAUUGUGUUUAUUUUCUCAAAGGGAUCCAGUUAGUUUGAGACUAAGGAACAGAGGAUUUUUGGAGUAUUUUUGAUAGGAAAAAUGGGUAUAGAUUUUUUAUCAUAUAUCUGAAAUCUGGAAGGAUUAAAAUAUCUUGGAUUUCUAGAGAGGGACGUGUGUAACCACUCUAGUAGAAAAACAUGGCUUGCCUUUUUUUUUUUACCUGUUUUCUGUUUGCUGAGAUAUCAUUCAGUGAAUUCAAACUGUAGAUAAUGGUUUCUUUUCUUUGCAAUAGCUAAUAGGAAAAUGAUAAUAUAGUUUCAGUAUAAGCUAAAAAUAUCUCUUUGUGUUUCCCUGGAUUGUCCGUGUAUGUAUAUAUAGAGUUUAUAUUGAUUACUAUAUGAAAUUAUUAAAAUUUGAAGUAUUAGAAAGAGAAAGAUUGUAUGGUUCUAAGAACAGUGGAUUGAUUGUAUUAAGGGCCCAAAGGACUGCAAAAUAGCAUAUACACUUCUAAAAUAGGAGUUAACCAGGAGUGUCAGAUUGUCAUUCUCUUAUUAAGUUACAGUCGUCAUAGUCACCAUGGACUAGAGUGUUUUACCUAUACUGGACUAAUAUACCUCGCAGUUUAUGAUUGACUCUUGGUUCAGGAUUGCCUGAAACCAUGAAAGAUUAAAGGAGGACUCUACCUUUGACCUAGGUCAUAUCAGAAACACAGAGAUUAUAAGAAUUGCCUAGUAGACCAAACCGUAUCUACAUAUGCAUAUAUACACACAUGUACAUAUAUACCUUCAUACAUACAUACAUACGUGCAUACAUACAUGCACAUACACAUGAUCAUCUACUUUGCAUUACAGUCUUCAAAUGUGGUUUCUAUGGCCCAUAUGUAGCGAACAUAGAGCAAUAAAUAACAUAGUUCAAGCUUGGAUUCUAUCAAAAUAGCCCUUAAGCGGAUGAUAUCAAGGUCAUUUUAUAUAUUAUUGGCUCUCCUGGAUAUUAGUUGUUAAUUUUGUUUUCUUUGCUUCCAGGAACAGUAUCUAAUCUUUUUAAGUGAAGUAAGCAUUAAAUGUAUAGGGCCACUGAGUUCAAGGAGAAAAACAUAGAUAUUUUCUAGGUGAAUUGCACUAACAAAAUCGUAACUACUGGGUGUGACCUAAUAUUUUUGUUGAACAGUUAAAAUUAAUACAUUUUAUGUACAAAGUCAUACUUUUUUUUUUUUUUGCAAUGUGUUUUGCUAGUGUAAGCACACAGUCAUUGUAAACAGAGCCAGUACUUUGUCAGACUAGUUCUUGUGGGCCAAAAUAUUUAAUUAUGAGCUUAACAUACGUAAAUGAUUUUAAUUGUUAUUGGGCACAGGAGACCUAAAAACGUUUUAUUGACGUGAUCUUAAAAUUUGUUUAUUCAGAAUGCUUUUAUGAAUAUUUUGCAUUUAAAAAUUUAUUUUAGUCUUUCUGAAUUAGAAGUUUGAUCCCAUUUGAAGAGGAUCCCACUCUGUGGGAUAUAUAGCCUAUGAAGAACCAGUAGUAAAAUAAUGUACAUAUUGAACCCCAGGGUAGGAUAGUCUGUUUUGGUCAUUUAUACCUGGCUUUUCUCUAAUCGCUGAGAUUAACCUACAUAGUAGUACAAAAUGCAGUAUAUUUUACUGCCAGCCUUCUCUGUGGGGAUCUAGACUAGUGCUUCUCAAACUUUAAUGUGCAUAUAUUAAAUCAGCUGGCACUAUAUUAAAAUGCAGAUUCUGAUAUAGUAGCUCUGGGGUGGAGCCUGGGAUUCUUAGUUUCUAACAAGCUCAGGUGAUUAUCAAUACUCCUAGUCCCAAGACCACAAGUAAAAGAGCUGGACUAUAUCAGCUUUUGUAUCUUCCCUGUUUUGAAGAACGAGACAACAACUUUCCUAAUCCCUUCUGUGGGCCAGGCACUCACUUUCAUUAUCUCACUUAAUCCUACAAAUCCUAUGAGGUAAGAUGGUGAUAGAGAGGUUAAAUGACCUGCUGACGCCCAUGCGCACAAGUAGUACAGUAUUAAGCCAUGUUUUUCGAACUUAAAUAAUGCACAUCCCCUUUUAAUAAAGAAAGGCUCUCUUAGUUCCUCACUUUUUACUCCAUUAUUUAUGUUAUCUAAGUAUAUAUGAACAUAAAGCUACAUAUAAUGUUUUAUGUUUAUAACUCUUGCACAAGUCUAAAACCCAAAGAAGUUUAUAGAUAGACAUGAGCAAAACUAUAAAACCAAUAAAAUUUAAAAUAACAUUAGUGAAAUAUGAUGGAUGAUGACGUUUCACCGAAACAAAACUGUCAGUUGUAACAUGAUUGUGUGUGGAGUGCUGUCUCACAGGUUCUUUUGAGUUCUGCAUACAUCUGCCAGGUGCUGUGUGUGCCACAAGGUGACUCCGUUCUCCCACUGCGUUUCUCAGUUCAGACUCUUUACUGUCAUUGUAGUACACAGCGAUGUUAUCUGGUCUUCAUCUAUCUUCACUGCAUCAUUUCCCCAUUUAGUCAGUCUCUGUUCUCCAUACGCCUCCCCCAACUAAACCAGAACCUGGCUCUGCUGUGAAGCAAACACAAAUGCAAACCCAGGCACUGAAAUGUCUUGGCAAAAUUUGAUCUUAAGGCAAUUAUAUUAAAAAAUCAAUAAUCAGAACAUGAAUAUUAACUAUUUUUAUACAUUUUUCAUCAGUGUGAAAAAUGUCUAAUUCUCAUAGAAAAUUCCUGGAUCCCCCACCAAACACACCCACAUGCUCACACACUCAAAUUCCCUCCGCCCUUCCCACACACACAAGAAUUUUUAAUGAUGGUUAGCAUUGAUGCUUUGGCUCCUGACACACCUCGGUUCAGGCCUUGGGCAUGUUUCUCAGCCUUGUCUGAACCUAAGGGUUUUUGUGUGUUAAACAGGGUUAAUCUCAUUGAAUGUAAGAGAAAUAAAUGUGGUAAGACUCAUAAAGCAUGUGUGGUAAGUGUUUAUAAAAGGCAGCUACCAUUGCUUUGAUUAGAGGACUUAACAUGUGCCUUCAGCUUUACUAAGCACUUUACAUAUCUUAUAUAUUGAGUGAUAGAAUCAGGAUUCAAAUCCAAGUCUGACUUCAAAGCUCAUACUCCUAUAAAAAAAUAAUAUAAAACAUCAGUGUAAGUUGCUUAUUUAAAAAGUUACUUAACAUUAAAUUGUAUUUUCUCAAAAUUUCUUAAUAUAAAAUUGAUGUUUCUCUGGAGGGAAAAUGGCUAAGGUUUUUUUAAACAGUGUGUAAUAUGAUAAGAAAUUGACAAGAGUAAAUGCAAUUUUUUUUUAAAGGUUGUCUUGCUAGGUUGUGGUCCAGUAAAAGGGUAUUAGGCUCAUUAGGCUCAACUUGUGCAUUACUGUUCUCUUGCACAUUUAUCAUCUGUAACUAAUGAUAACAUGAGAUUCUUCCUGAAUUCAUAGCUUUUUUGCAGGAAAAAUAUCCCCCCACACACCAUUAUAUUCGUUGAUAGUUCUGAGAAAUAGUCUGCAAACAUCUUAAUUUUCACCUGUGAAACCUAUUUAAAAAUUGUUCUUCCUUUAAAA